ACAUCACGUGAUUGGAAACCAGCUAGCGCUCCUCCCCGCCAGUCGUUCGUUAAGUGUACUGACUCUCCUAUAUGUGGAGUGCUGUGUUGUUUUACAUCGGUGGAUUUGGAUUACCAAGCAUUGUAAUGUGUUUAUCAUGCAAGAAUGAUAUGUCAGGGUAUUGGGUGAGGUAACAACACCUACAGCAGCACAGGAUGGGGGAUCACCACUUCGUCCACGAUGACAGCAGCGACUCCUUUGGUCCAAAAGGCUCCCUGGACCCAGUUAGAGCUAAGACUUGCUACUUCUACAAAGACCAGGAUUACAAAUUUGGUGCUAUCAAAGUGGCCGUUAAUGAAAAAUCCUACCGCAAGUUUGAUGUGCUUCUCAACGAGUUGUGCCGGAGAGUGCCAGGUCUGAACUAUGGAGUCAGAGGGGUGUUCACACCUAGGGGUCGUCACAGCCUCAAAAGUAUCCAGGAUCUUAGGGAUGGAGGACAUUAUGUUUGUUCAACACGCCGACGUUUUGCGAGAGGCCUUGACCUUGAACAAGUUCACUCACCCGAGUUGUGGCAUCUCAGCCCGAAGCCGAAGAGUGGGAUUCGAGAGUAUAACAACAUCUUGCAGGAGGUUGACGUUGAGGACGACAGACCUCUCAAGCGGCGUAGAAUGAGAAUGGCAUAUGGAGCUAACAUUAGCAAAUCUCCAAAGAAAGUGACUGUCUUGAAAAAUGGGGAGCCAAGCUUGAAACACAUCAUGUUGCUAAACAGAAAGACGGCACAGACUUUUGAUCAGGUUCUUUCAGAUCUCAGUGAAAUGUUCAAGUUUGCUGUGCUGAAACUUUUCACGACUGAGGGACGUAGGAUAACCGGUUUGUCCCAGAUCUUGCGAGGCCCUGAUGUUUUUGUGGUUGCUGGUAAAGAGCCCUUCAAGUCCAUGCUUACGUUAAUGUACAACGUCCCCCACCCGCCACCAGAAAGGGGCCCCUAUCAUCGGCUACGGAGCAGAAAUCCCACCCGAGACCACAUCGGAAGCCGGGUGCGGGAAAGAAGGGAUCGCAUGAUACGAACAAAGGGACGAUGGAAAGUGUGGAUAUCGACCAAUGAACUUGGCAGCGGAGGCACAGAAGCCCAGGUGACCUUGACUGUGUAUGGCAAGAAGGCCAACUCUGGCCCUAUACCUCUCGGCUAUGCGGAUAAUCAACACUUUCAGAGCGGACAGAUUGAUGAGUUUGAUAUCAGUGUGGGAAGUAUCGGUGAGAUUUACAAGAUACGGAUCGCCCACGACAACACGGGGGACUGUCCUGGCUGGCUCUGUGAUGAAGUGCGCAUGAAGGACAUUGAUGCAGGGGAGGAGCUUGUGUUUCCGUGCAGGCGGUGGUUGGCGAGGGACGAGGAUGACCACGAAACGUGCAGGGAGCUGCCAGUCUCACGGCAGGGGGAGCCUUGCCUUCCAUUGCUGAAGUAUCAGGUGGAUGUGACAACAGGAAACUUGUGGAAUGCUGGGACUGAUGCAAAUGUAUACCUGACCAUAUAUGGAGAUCGGGGAGACACAGGAGUUCGUCAGCUGUACUCUGAGAACAGACAGAGGUGUUUCAAUAAGGGCCAGACGGAUUCUUUCGAAGUGGAAGCGGUUUCCCUCGGGCACUUAAAGCGGAUCAUUGUCGGCCAUGAUGCCACAGGACCAGGGUCUGGUUGGUUCCUGGAGCGUAUCGUCAUCCGAGAGCCUGCAUCGAAACAAGCGAUCUUCACCUUCCAUUGUAACAAGUGGCUGGAUGAAGGAGAGGAUGAUGGGAAGAUCGUUCGUGAGCUGCGAGUCCAGAAUGAUUACACGGACGACAUCCUGGAAAAGAGAAACUGGGAGUUUGAGAAGUGGAAGUUUGAAAACCGGAACCAGGUGAUGCUCUUCUCUCACGCUUCAGGGAAAGCUCUGAGGAUAAAACCUGAUGGCACAGUGGAUGGUCUUGGUGAACCUAAGGAUCGAGCUGGUGUGUUCAGCGUGCUCAAGAAGAAGAACAUGGUGAGCGUGUUCAGCAAUCAGAACAAUCCCAGCUUCCACCUGGCCAUCGAGAAUGGCCGUCUGCUCGGGCACGGAAAGGGAGGGUCUCUGUGUGAGUUCAAACUGCAUGUCCAGUCUGACCAAUCAGUGAUCCUCGAGGCCCUGAAAAACCCCCUGCAGUUUGUCACCAUCGGUAACAACGGUCGCCCUGGUGAGGUACGAGGAAUCCUGGACUACGACCCCAGUCAGAAGUUCAGCGUCUACUGCAAGGGAAUGUUCCGUGACCGAGGCAUCGUGUUGUUCCGCACCUCUCCCACUCAGGCCGUCAACGUGGACCAGGACAAGUCUGUGUUCGGGACCGGCAAGUGUAACAGAGCGGCCCACUUCCGAGUCCACAAGGUGUCCGAGGACGGUGUGCGGAUGUUCGAGAGCAUGAUCUACCCGGGGAACUUCCUCCGCUUCAAGGACGGCAAGAUAGACUGUUUUGGUAGGAAAGAUGACCUUUGUCACUUCAUCGUGGCCAAACACCAAGACAAGGGCUACGUGGUUCUGCAGUCAGCAAUAAGCCGGGGGCUGUAUGUAGGGGUGACCACUCAAGGCCGGAUCCAUCCCACCGUCGACACAGGGGUGCAGAACAUCUGGCUGUACCCGGAGGUUGUGGAGUUUGGUGUUCCAAAACAGCGAGGUACAUCCCGGCGUCCUGUGAGAUCGCCUUCACCAGAGGAGGACCAUCGCCCUCGCCACAGGUCCCCGAGGUCCCCGAAGUCCCCGAGGUCACCAAGGUCCCCUAGGUCGGAGAAGGAAGAUGGGGACUGGAAGAUCAUUGUCAGCACCUCGGAGACCCUGGACAAUGGUGAAGUGGCAAUUGUUGCGUAUGGUGACAAGGGCUGUUCAGGUGCCAUCAUCCUCGCAGGCCCUCCCCAGAAUGGACCCCUCUUCCAGACUGGCAGCAAUGAUGAGUUCAAGUCCAACUUCCACAAGUGUGGCAAGUUGUACAAGAUCCGCCUGGAGUUGAUUCCCAAGAACCCCACCAAGGUGCCAUCAUGGAAGGUGAGAGAGGUCAAGAUGCAGGACCUCAAAACUAAGGAGAUGCUCAAGUUCCAGUUCAACCGAUGGUUGUCGCGGAGACAGGACGAUGAGGAAAUCAUGCGUGAAAUGCCAGUUGUGAGGCCAGGCCAGGAUGUGCUACCAGUGUUGUCCUACCUUGUGGAAGUGACGACCGGGACGGAGAGAAAUAGUGCUACUGAUGCCGAAGUUCAUCUCACCAUCUUUGGUGAACGAGGGGACACAGGAAAGAGAGUGCUGCGCCUGUCAAACAACAGAAACAAGUUCCGGGCAGGACAGAUGGACACGUUUGAAAUUGAAGCAGUACAUCUUGGUAAACUAACCAAGAUCCAUAUUGGCCACAACGCUACUGGUGCCGGGGACGGCUGGCACCUGGAGAAAGUCGCCAUCAAGGAGGGUGAAGGCGCCCGUGAGGAGUACAGGUUUCCUUGUGACAGAUGGUUUGAUUCUAGCUUGGAGGACCGACGUAUCGAGCGAACUCUGCAUGUCAAGGAGCCAGCUCCCAGCAAAAUCGUCACAGCAAUGAGACGUGAGUCGUCUGAGUAUGCCUCACAGGUUGUUGCUGCGGCCCUUGAGGCUGCGACUAGAAACUUGCAGUUCGGGGAAGUAAGGCCCGAUAGUCGUCAGUCUGAUAGUCGUCAGUCUGAUUUUAAUGAUACUGAACCAAGCAUUGUUUCCGAAAACGAGAACUUUGAGUUAGAGAAAAUUGAAAAUGACAUAAUUGACGAUGAUACUGAUCAUAGUGAAGUAUCUGAACAUGGCGGCGUGCAGUUAGAGCGGGUCGACCAGGAUAGGGACGACGGCAAUGACACUGACAACAGUGUCAUGUCCGAAGCUGAUAACGACGAUGAGGCACCUGCUGGGCAUGCUCAGAAUGAUUCCGACCCUGAUGGCGAGGCGGAGGAGAAGAAAGUAGCUGUAACAAAACAGAAAGAAGAAAGUCAUAAGCCGGGAGACUGGACAGUGUGGCUGACAACUGGAAAGAGGGAUGGGGCCAUCACCAAGGAUGAAGUCGUGCUGUUCGUGUAUGGAUCAUCAGGGCAUGUGGGACCAAUCUCACUGGGAAAGGGGGAAGAGGACUACUUCAAACCAGGAAAUACAGAUCAGUUCAAAGUACAUUUCCAGUCAAAACUGGGUCAGCUGUACAAGAUCCGAGUUGGUCUGUCGGAGGUCGAGCCGGACAGCAGCUGGUACCUGGAGAAGGUGCGGAUGAUGGACAUGAGCUCCAAGGAGGAGCUGCUCUUCAAGGUCAACCGCUGGCUGUCCAGGACCGAGGACGACCAUGAUGUGUGGAGGGAGCUGCCUGUCACCUCCAAGAACCAGCGCCCUCUACCAGUGCAUGUGUACCAGGUGGAGGUCUUCACAGGAAGUGGUGAGGGGGCCGACACUGACGCUGAUGUCUCCAUCACCAUCUACGGCGAGCGUGGGGACACCGGCAAGCGGAAACUGUACAUGUCCAAAUCAAACAAGAAGGCAUUCCAGAGGGGCAAGAUCGACGUGUUUGACUUGGAGGCAGUGUCACUAGGAGAACUAGAGAAGCUCUACAUCGGCCAUGAUGGAGUCCGGGCUGGAAAGGGCUGGUACCUGGAGAAGGUUGUUGUGAAAGAGUCAUCCGGUGUUGACAGUCGGCAGUUCUACUUCCCGUGUGACAGAUGGUUGGACAGUGGGAAGGAGGACAAGAAGAUAGAGAGGGAGCUGAUGGUGGCAGACCCACCAUCCGUCUCACAGGGAGACUUCAAGCUGCUGGUGAAGACUGCCAGUGAUUCCAAACCUGUCAGUGGCGGCAAAGUCUCCAUUGCCUUCUACGGCAACACCGGCAACAGUGAAGACAUCGCCCUGUAUGCUCCAUCACCACAGGCCAAGCUGUUUGAACCAGGAAAUAUGGAUGAGUUUGAGGUUGCGGUGGGAGAUAUUGGGGAGUUGUAUAAGAUCCGUAUCUCCCGAGAUGACCAUGAGAACUGGAAAGGAUGGCACCUACAAGAUGUCACUCUGCAGGACAAGCACACGAAGGAUGAGUUUGUGUUCAAGUUUGACCGCUGGCUAGGGCGGGGCAUGGAAGAUUCUGACCUGUCUAGGGAAGUUGCAAUUGUCAGGGGAGGCAAGCCAGUCGACCAAGUGUAUCACUACACUCUGACUGUUUACACUGGAGAUCACUGGGCAGGCGAGACAGAUGCGGAGGUCUACAUGACCUUAUUUGGUAGCCAUGGUGACACGGGGCGUCGACGACUGUAUUGUAACCCAUCUGAUGGACCCAAAUUCCGGAAGGGGAAGAGCGAUGUGUUUGAGUUUGAAGCAGUGGACCUAGGAGAGAUACGGAACUUGGUUAUGGGUCACUCGGGCCAAGGUCACGGUGCUGGUUGGUUCCUGGACAAGGUGGAGGUGACGGAGAAAGGUGGCAGCCGCCCCAGUGCCCAGUAUGUCUUCCCCUGCUACCAGUGGCUGGACAGUGGGGAGGGGGACGGAGCCACAGAGAGGACACUCCGACUCAUAGACACUGUAGAUACCCGCAAGAAGUCACCAGCAAAGAAGAAUGGCAAAAACAAUGGUGUGUAUGAUGUGAUCAUCAAGACAUCAGAUGAGGAAGAUGCAGGGACAAAGUCAAAUGUCACUGUCACGUUGUGUGGGAAGAACGGUGACUCCAAACCACAGCAUGUCCCAGACCCCAAGGGGGAUGUGCUCUAUCCUGGGAGAGAGGGCAAGUUCCAGAUCAAUGCCGGUAACAUCGGGGACUUGACAAAGAUCCGCCUGGAGCAUGAGGCUCUUAGUGCCAGCCCUGCCUGGAGGUGCGACUACGUGAAGGUUUCAAACUCUUCCACGGGGGAGGAGCUAAUGCUGUAUGUAGACAGGUGGUUGGCUGAAGAGAAGGAUGAUGGACAGACUGUGAGGGAAAUCGCUGUCACCGACAGACCCAAUCAGAUGCCGCUUCCCACCCUGCAAUAUGUGGUGAUGAUCCAGACCGGGAGGGGUCGGGGAGAUGGUUGUCCAGGGGCACAGGUAGCAGUCAACCUGCAUGGUAUCCAUGGCAACACAGGACUCCGCCCACUGACUGGAUCCCUGAACGGAGUGAACAGUAUGUGGAAGGACGGCCACCUGGAUGUGUUCGUGGUCCCAGCUGUCUCUGUGGGCAAGCUCCAGCAGGUGCAGCUUAAAUUCACGGGGAAGGGGAGAGAUAACGACUGGACGGUGGAGCAUGUGACUGUGAUGGACAAUGUGUCGGCUAUGUUUGAGAGUGUGUGUCGAUGUAACCAGACACUGCGGUAUGAUGGCAAGGACACUUUGAAGUCUCUACCUGUGUCAGAGACUCAGAUAUCAACCGGAGUGCCAGAAGACAUCGCCUUCCGGAUCCGAGACAAGAGGGAGCCCACAAGUCGAGGAAAAUGGACAGGUCUGGUGUACACUGGUGGACAGAGUGACGCAGGAGCCAAGGACAAGGUCAUGAUGGUCAUCUACGGUACAACUGGACACACGGAACCCAAGCAGAUCAACAAGGAUGGUACUCUCAGUCCUGGGUCCUGCCUUAAAGUGCAGCUGAAUGUGGGCAAGAUAGGCAAAAUGUUCAAGGUCCGGAUCUUCUUUGAUUCCAAAGCAGGCAAUUCCUCCUGGUUCUUGGAGAAGAUGAAGUUGAAGGAUGCUAACUCGGGUGAGGAGUUCAACCUGGAGUACAGAGACUGGGUGAAAUCCUCCACCGACAACCCUAACGGCACCAUAGAGCUUCCUACCAUCAGACCAGACAUGGCGCCAUUACAAGAUACGGUGUAUCAGGUUGCCGUGGUGACGGGGGAUCUACCCGUGGCGGAGACUGACGCUGAGGUGUUCUGCACUGUCAUUGGUCAGUGGGGAGACACAGGAGAGAGAGUGUUGGCGCUACCUCAGGGCAGCAAGAAACCAUUUCGGCAAGGAAAGCGGGAUGAAUUUGAAAUUCAAACUCUUGACCUUGGUGUGAUCUCCAAACUUCUGAUUGGCCACAAUGAAAUUGGUCGCGGGGCUGGCUGGCAUUGUGAUCGGGUGUCCAUCAGCCCUGAAGGGAAGUCCAGGCAGGGAGCCCCAGAGACAGUCUUCCUAUGCAACAGGUGGAUGGACUCCGGUUGUGAAGACCGUCGACUGGUCAGAGAGUUAACUCCCCUUGCUUACCUUCAACCAGGACCCGAAAUUACUCCAGCUCAACGAUCUAAGUCAAAGGGUGUAUGGACAUGUUUUGUCACCAUGGCAACAGAAGACAAGUUGGACAUGGCACAGACCGACUUCAGCAAACCACGGCCAGUGACGAUGUUUGUGUAUGGUAGUCGCAGCAUGGAGGGAGCCCUGGAACUGACCAAUGGGAAAAAGACACAUCUGAUGCCGGGUCAGACUCACAAGUUUGCGGGUAUAAAGCUGGGCAACAUCGGCGACAUUGAGAAGGUGCGAGUGACACUUGGAGAGGAGAAGGAGGAGAAACCAGUGUGGACAAUACAGCAGGUGACUGUGAACGAUACAGACACAGGAGAGAGUCUCAACUUCAACUUUGACUCCUGGGUCGGGGAGGUCGACGGUGACAUCAGCAAGGAGCUCCCUCUCAUCAAACCAGGCCAAACAUUUCCUCCGUUGACCAACUACCAGGUGAUGGUGUAUACCAGCAGCGUGAAGAAUGCUGGGACACAAUCUGACGUCUUCCUCAACAUGUACAGCAAGGGGCGGGACUGCGGACGUCGACCGCUCCGCAAGAACUUGAACAAGUCAACCAAGUUCCAACAGGGCCAGGUGGAUGCCUUCAUUGUUAGCGCGGUGGACCUGGGGGAUUUAGACAGGGUGACAGUCACUAAGGGGCCAGGCAAACCCUGGCAUCUGGACAAGAUCAGCAUCAAGGCGGGGCCAUUCGACAACACCCAGAGGAUCUUUGAGGCUGAUAGGUGGCUAGGAAGUGAUAAGAGCAAAUCACAGGAGGUUGAUGAGACCUUGACCUUGAGUGGUACAAGACCAAGUGCAGUGGCCUUGCCCCCCGAAUCUGCCGAUGAUCUUCCAGUGUCGCGUGGUCAGUGGAAGAUAGAGGCGGUGACCGGUGAAGGUGGGACGAGGGGCAACGUGUCCGAUCUGGUGGUGGUGCUGUGUGGGGAGAGAGGGGAGAGUUCACUACUGCCACUCAAGUCUUCCAGGAGCAAACCCUUCCAGCCUCGUCAGACCGACCUCUCUCAGGUGAAACUGGCGGAGGAUAUUGGUGAAAUGACAAAAGUACGAAUUGGUUUCCGUGACAACGAUAGUGAGAAAGCAUGGAACCUGAAAGAGAUUCGCUUUGAGGAUGAGGAAACUAGGGACUGUUUCUCCUACAAUUUCGACAGUUGGGUUGCCGUUGACGACAACCAAGAUGGUUGGAGGGAGUUCCCCGUGCUAUGGCCGGCUGUGAAGACCCUACCAGUGGUCAAGUAUCAGGUGUCAGUGCACCUGGGAGAUGUCCCCAAGCCUGGGUCCGGGCUGCAGCUGUAUGUGGAGAUAUUCGGGGAGGCCCAUCACUGACCUUAGCGAUAGGGGGAUAGAGUAGAGU